GGCGGCGGCGGGGGGCGGAAGCGCGCACGCCGCGCGGCGGGGCGGGAGCGGGGGCGCGCACGCCGGGCCUGGGUGGACGGUACGGGCGCGUGGCCGCGGCCGUUGCCAAGCGGCUGUGUUCUGGCCGCCGUAGCUCAAGACAAAAGGAAGGAGGAACGUACUAAAAUGUCACCUGAAGUUGCCUUGAACAGAAUUUCUCCAGCACUCUCACCCUUCAUUUCCAGUGUGGUCAGAAAUGGAAAAGUAGGACUGGAUGCUACUAAUUGUUUACGGAUUACAGACUUGAAAUCAGGCUGUACAUCCUUGACCCCUGGACCUAGCUGUGAUCGGUUUAAACUACAUAUCCCUUAUGCUGGAGAAACACUCAAAUGGGAUAUAAUUUUCAAUGCUCACUAUCCUGACCUGCCACCAGAUUUUAUCUUCGGAGAGGAUGCUGAAUUUUUGCCAGAUCCUUCUGCCUUGCAUAAUUUAGCUUCUUGGAAUCCUUCAAACCCUGAAUGCCUCCUGCUUGUUGUGAAAGAGCUUGUGCAGCAGUAUCACCAAUUUCAGUGCAGCCGAUUACGUGAGAGCUCUCGUCUCAUGUUUGAGUAUCAGACUUUACUUGAAGAGCCCCAGUAUGGAGAAAAUAUGGAAAUCUAUGCUGGCAAAAAAAACAAUUGGACUGGAGAAUUCUCAGCUCGCUUCCUCUUGAAGUUGCCUGUAGAUUUCAGCAAUAUUCCUACAUACCUUCUCAAGGAUGUGAAUGAAGAUCCUGGAGAAGAUGUUGCACUUCUCUCUGUUAGUUUUGAGGAUGCAGAAGCUACUCAGGUUUUUCCUAAGCUGUACCUCUCCCCGCGUAUUGAACAUGCGCUUGGAGGAUCGUCUGCCCUUCACAUCCCAGCCUUUCCUGGUGGAGGUUGUCUUAUUGACUAUGUACCCCAAGUAUGCCAGCUGCUAACAAACAAGGUGCAGUAUGUUAUUCAGGGAUACCAUAAGAGAAGAGAAUACAUUGCAGCUUUCCUGAGUCACUUCGGAACUGGUGUGGUGGAGUAUGAUGCAGAAGGCUUCACAAAGCUUACUCUGUUGCUGAUGUGGAAAGAUUUUUGCUUCCUCGUUCACAUUGACCUGCCCCUGUAUUUCCCUCGAGACCAACCAACCCUAACGUUUCAGUCAGUCUACCACUUCACUAACAGUGGCCAGCUGUACUCCCAGGCCCAGAAGAAUUACCCUUACAGCCCCCGCUGGGAUGGCAAUGAAAUGGCCAAGAGAGCAAAGGCAUAUUUCAAAACAUUUGUCCCCCAGUUCCAGGAGGCAGCAUUUGCUAACGGGAAGCUUUAGACAGCCUCUGGCACGAAGAUGGUACUGGACAGGUUCUUCAGUCUGCGUGUGUCAGCCCACAAGAAGAAUGCCUGGAAAUGGUUGGACUGUCUUGAUAUAGGUGCUUUCUUGCCUCUGAAAUUAUUUUGGUAGCUUCAGGUAUUGUCAGGUUUCUCAAACAAAGACCUCACUAGCAUGCUUAAAACUCAAUAUUUGAUAUUCAUCCUGUCCCUUUACCUCUGCCACCACCAUUCCUUUAUAUUAUCCACUGGAGUAAAUUUAAAAGGGCGUGUUUUGAUGUGAUAACAUUUUCUUGUGUCAACAGUGUCCUGUAUGUUAUGCCUUGUUUCCUUGUCUUCAGAUGGUGUAAAUUGGAUUAUUUUUUUUCCAUGGAAAUAUGAUGUAAUUUAUAUAUUAAGUUAACAUUGCCAGCUUUUCCUAAGAAAAUAUAAAACUGCCGUGUGUACCAGGAAUGCCUAAUGGACUGUACAGUGCCAUAUUCUGCCUUGGAGGUUUGUGUCUCACUGUGGUUAUUGCUCUCACAGGUAUGGAUAUGAGUUGCACACUUCAAUUCUCAGUGCCUUUCAGGUUGGUCUGAUAUUAAUAUGGCAGGGUGUUGGAGGGUUUUUUUUAAUAUUUCAGUUGAAAGCUUAUCUUAUAUGAAAUGCUAUGCUUUUAUGCUUUAUUUUUAUUUCCAGUUGUACAAUUUUGGUGUUUUUAUAAUGAACUGCUGUUACCAUUACGAAAAAGUUCUGCUUCUUUAGUACCAGUGUACAAGGAACUAGUUAUAUAAAUCAGUAUAACAAAAUAAAGCUCUUUCAUAGACCUGUAAUUUUUCCAAGCAAGAUAAAUACUGCGAAGAAGUAAACUUUCAACAAAGGAGUGAAUGAUGUCUUGGAAAAAUAACUGAUGAAAUAAUGUAGGGCUAUAGGUAUUUAGUGUAAUGCUUAAGUUCAACAUGUCUUCUCAGAAAUAAUUUUUAAGUGUAUCUAACUGGAAACAUUACGUCCCUAAUUCUGAAAUGCCAAAUGCAAAAUCCCACCUAUUCAUCCUUUCUUUUAUGCUUGUGUCAGGCACACCAGUUGGGGCUGACUGUCACAAUGCCACUUCCCAAAUUAAAUUGUAAAUAGACAGGGUACUUUCCAGUAAGGAAUAAAAUUAACAGUGUACGUUGCUUAUAAAUGGCAUAUGGAAAAUAUGCCCUACUUCUGCUAAAUAAAAGGAACUAAAUUAAUAGUAUGCAGAUGAUACAGUGGCACUGGAAAACAUUUAAUUUGAAAUUACUCACUAUAGCACCACUGUCUAUUUACACACUGAAAUCUCAUCAAAUUAUUUGAUAGGCAGUAUUCUCCUACCCUUUCGAAAACUUGUUAUUUGACCUUAAAAGUAGUGCUUUCCAGGCAAAUGUCCACCUAGGAAAUGCAGGUAAGUUUUGAGCAGUGAGGCUUAAUAAUUAAGAAUUAUGCAAAUCAUUUGCCUCUAGAAACUACAGGUAUUUUCAGCUAGUUUGUAAGCAAAAUUUUGGCUUCUGUAUAAUACUGAAGUUCUUGGCUGGAAAUUAAGCUGCAAACAAAAUCAGAAGCCUUACUGCAAAUAUACGAAGUAGGGGGCAUAUUCUGUUCUGUGACCCACCCCCUUUUGACUCUCACUGCAUUAUGCGAGGGCUGUAAACAGCUCCAAAAGUCUGAGCCUGAAUUCCCUCUGUGGAGGCAUUGUGUGAGGCUUUUGCCUGUAAACCAAGACUUGGAGGGUAAUGGUUUUAUGUGAAUAGCAAAACUGUAACUGAACAACCUUAAAUCGCUAAAAAACCACACAUUGUGCAAUACACCGGGAUGGUCUCACAUCUGCAUUUCUUCAGGUAAAGUCAAAGCCACACACGCAUAUUCAAGAAUAAGCGAACUCUUGUGAACGGGGUGGGAGAAGGAUGAUGGCUGAUGAAAAGUAUUUGCUCUCAUAGUGUUCAAAAUCUGAUAGAAACAACCUCUAGCCAUCUUCAGAAGGUAAAAGGCAAACCCUCAAGUUACAUCAGUAGAUUCCUGGGAUCUUGCAUUUUAUAACCUUGUGUUUUACUCAGUGGUGUAGUGGUUGCCCCAUGAACACUGUGUUUGCUUUAUAUACCUGACUGUCCAAGUGGCACCAACAUAUUUUUUUGUCUAUUCAGAAGUUACCGUGAUUCAAAGGCUAGCAAUUGCAAAACAUUUCAAAAAGCGGUCCACUUUUCAGAGUCAAUAUCCGUUUUCAACAAAAAAUGCAUCCUUCACCUCAGUUCUAGUAAUUUUAGACUGACUGCUUUAUUAUUAAAAUAAAUUUUAAUAAAAUUAAAACAAAAAAAAAUAUUAAAGAGGUUUAGAAGCCAUGUAAGAAAAGACACUGAGGAUAUAAAAAGCCUAAAUCAACAAUUCCUUUAUGUUGAAUUCAAUAGUUUCACCAACUUUUCACUAGCUUAUAUGGAAAUGAACCUAUGAUUUCAGUCUAAUUUUGCAUCAUGCUACAACUGGUAGCAUUUUUUUU